UUGUCAGAGACUGUACUUCUAGACAACUCAUCACUUUACACUCCUUUGCUUGUUUGUUUCAUUAAAUACCAUUUCCUCCGUAGUUUAAAUCAAUCAAGAUUUGAAAAGAAACAUUGGCAAGUUCCAAUCUUUGAACAAUUUUGAUAAGUGGAAAAAAAGAAAGAAGAUGCGGGGCUUCACAUAUUUUUGCAAAGCUUUUCAUAGCCAUUCUUCUUAUUCAAGACUUCUUGUUCUCUCUUCUGUCAGUACUGGAGGUCUAUUGGUAUAUGCAGAAUCGAACGUCGAGAGUGGAAAACAAGUUGUUGAAAAGAAUCAAUCAGAACCAGAAAAGAAGAAGAGAAUAGUGGUGCUUGGAACAGGAUGGGCUGGUACCAGUUUCCUAAAAGAUCUUGAUAUUUCUUCUUAUGAUGUUAAAGUGGUUUCACCGCGAAAUUAUUUUGCAUUUACACCACUAUUACCUAGUAUAACAUGUGGAACAGUUGAGCCACGAAGCAUCGUAGAGCCCGUUCGGAACAUAAUAAAGAAGAGAAGUGGAAAAAUUCAUUUUUGGGAAGCAGAAUGUCUAAAGAUUGAUUUAGAAAACAACAAAGUAUUUUGCCGUUCUGGCAUCAAUGAUAAUUUGGCGGGACAUAAUGAUUUCUCCCUACAAUAUGACUAUUUGGUCAUAGCAGUAGGAGCUCAAGCAAAUACUUUUAACACUCCAGGUGUUAUAGAACAUUGCCACAUUUUGAAGGAAGUGGAAGAUGCUCAAAGGAUACGCAGGACAAUAAUAGAUUGUUUUGAGAAAGCUGUUAUUCCCGGCAUAAGUGAAGAAGAGCGAAGGACCAACCUCCAUUUUGUUAUGGUUGGAGGGGGUCCAACUGGAGUGGCAUUUGCCGCUGAACUACAUGACUAUGUUCAUGAGGACUUAGUAAAAAUAUAUCCUUCCGUUAAGGAUUUUGUGAAGAUAACACUUAUCCAGUCCGGAGAUCAUAUCCUGAAUACAUUCGAUAAAAGAAUAAGCUCGUUUGCUGAACAGAAGUUUCAAAGAGAUGGAAUUGAGGUCUUGACAGGUUGCCGGGUCAAUAAUGUCUCUGAACGUUUCAUCAAAGUGAAAGUAAAAUCUACAGGAGAACACGUUGAAAAACCCUACGGGAUGGUUGUAUGGUCAACUGGAGUUAGUACUCGUCCAUUUGUGAAGGAUUUUAUGGAACAAGUUGGCCAGGAAAAAAGACGUAUCCUAGCAACUGAUGAAUGGUUACGAGUAAAGGGCUGUAGUAACGUGUACGCACUUGGUGAUUGUGCAUCUGUAGAUCAACGUAAAGUAAUGGAAGAUAUUUCAGCCAUUUUCAAAGCUGCGGAUAAGGAUGAUUCUGGAACAUUAACCAUCGAGGAAUUUCGAGAUGUUCUUGAUGACAUAAUUAUCCGUUAUCCUCAAGUGGACUUGUAUUUGAAGAGCAAACAUUUGUUAGAGGCCACAGACUUAUUCCGGGAUUCAGAUGGAAAUGAAAGAGAGGUAGAUAUUGAAGGUUUUAAGCUGGCCCUUUCUCAGGUAGAUUCACAGAUGAAAAGUCUACCUGCCACUGCUCAGGUUGCUGCUCAACAAGGUGCAUAUCUUGCUAGAUGCUUUAACCGCUGGGAUCAAUCCCAUAGUAAUCCUGCAGGUCCUCGUCGUUUUAAAGGUUCUGGGCGUCAUGCAUUUCUACCGUUCAGGUAUCGCCAUUUAGGGCAAUUUGUUCCUUUGGGUGGUGAGCAAGUAGCAGCAGAACUUCCUGGGGACUGGGUUUCUAUGGGUCAUAGCACACAGUGGCUAUGGUACUCUGUGUAUGCUAGCAAGCAAGUUAGCUGGCGCACUAGGUAUUUAGUGGUCGGUGAUUGGGUAAGAAGAUACAUUUUUGGGAGAGAUUCAAGCCGGAUUUGAUGAGUUCGACUCCAUUUAGUUCUGCACUGUUUUGUUUAUAUGCUUGCUGGGUUGUUAAUGUUUAUGCUUGUAUCCAGUUGCAGUUGAAGCUGGGCAUCGGUUUAUGUUGUUUUAGAAUGUACAUAUCACACACCACUGCAUCUCUUCCCAUCACUUCCUGGAGAUAUGUACCACGAAUCUCACAAAUUUGAUUAUAUAAACUUAUUUUUCUGAUUAGCAAUUGCAAAUUUGAUUGUAUAAACUUGUUUUACUGAUUAGCAAUUGACUAAGAUUUGAGGCUCCAA